CGUUGUGCACACACACGCUCUCUCCCUCCGCGCUCAGUUCAGUUCGCGUGCGCCACACACACAAAGAUACUGAGAUACAAAGAUACAAAUAUAUCUGUGAGAUACUCAGCCUCCUUGAAAGAUAUUUAGUAGCCAAGAUAGAGAUACACAAGUGUUUAAAUUGUGAAAAUGCAGCUAUUUUCCUGAGUGCCCCCAAGUGUGUUGACAAUACCAAAAUAUAUAAACCAAAUUAAAUUAAAGGAAGAUAAAUAUCCGAAGAACUCGAGAAAACCGCUGGCAAAAUGUUGGUCGGUUCGCAUCCGUAUCUGUGCAAUGGCGCCCCCGCUGCCCCCGUGGCCGCUGACACAGCACAAACGACAACAACAACAACGACGGGCAGCAAAAGUGCCGCCGGCUCAGCAACGGAUUUCUCCAUAGCGGCCAUAAUGGCCAGAGAAGAUGCAUCCAGUCGGGAGUCAUCCAUUCGCAGUGCAAGUCCCAUUUCCGUUGAGGAUGAGGUCGAUGUGGAUGUAGUUGAUUGCAGUGAUGCUGAAGAGCCGCCAGCAAAGGCUCGCCGUUUGAACCAUCAUCAGCAUCACCAUCACAAUCACAGUCACAGUCACCACAACAACAACAACAAUCACAAUCACAGUAACAACAACAACAACAACAAUGUGACACACAAGAGUAGAAACAGCGCCGGCGCCGUGACUCUGACAGCAUCCACAGUACCCUCGGAAUCGCAACUAAACACCAGCUCCGCCAGCAGCCAAGGACGUUGCUCUACACCACCCCAAUCCCCUGGAACGGAGGAUAGUGAGGAGCGUUUAACACCGGAACCAGUGCAAAAGGCACCAAAAAUAGUUGGCUCCUGUAAUUGCGAUGAAUUGAAGCCGGUGCAAUGCCAUCUGGAGACCAAAGAGUUGUGGGAUCGCUUUCACGAAUUGGGCACCGAGAUGAUCAUCACCAAAACGGGCAGACGCAUGUUCCCCACUGUGCGAGUGAGUUUCUCGGGUCCUUUGAGGCAAAUUCAGCCCGCCGAUCGUUAUGCCGUUUUGCUGGACAUAAUACCCAUGGAUUCGAAGCGGUAUCGGUAUGCAUACCAUCGGUCCGCUUGGCUGGUGGCCGGCAAGGCCGAUCCCGCCCCACCAGCCCGCCUUUACGCCCAUCCCGAUAGUCCCUUCAGUUGCGAGGCGCUGCGCAAACAAGUUAUCUCCUUUGAGAAGGUGAAGCUGACUAAUAACGAAAUGGAUAAGAAUGGACAGAUUGUUUUGAAUUCGAUGCAUCGCUAUCAGCCCCGCAUUCAUUUGGUUCGUUUAAGCCAUGGCCAGAGCAUUCCCUCGAAUCCCAAGGAGCUGCAGGAUUUGGAUCAUAAAACCUAUGUCUUUCCGGAGACGGUUUUCACCGCAGUAACCGCAUAUCAGAAUCAGUUGAUUACCAAGCUGAAAAUCGAUUCGAAUCCGUUUGCCAAGGGUUUCCGUGAUUCCUCGCGGCUAACGGACUUCGAUAGGGAUCCCAUGGAGGCUCUCCUGUUGGAGCAGCAGCUCCGUUCCCCUCUGCGAUUAUUCCCCGAUCCGCUGAUGCAACAAUUUGCCGCCCAGCAGGGUGACCCCGCCUCCAUGGCACUGUUCGAGAAGGCCCGCCAGCAUUUGCAAAUGUUUGGUGGCAACUCUCCGUAUGCCCAGUUGAUGAUGCCACAAAUGUAUCAAGCGGCAGCAGCAGCAGCGGGACCACCUCCCCCACCCCCCGGACUGGGAGCCUUUCACAUGUUCCAGCAACAGUGGCCACAAUUGACGGCGGGAUUCCUGGCCAGCGCCAAUCAGCAGGCAGCCGCCGCUCAGGCCGCCGCCCAAGCUCAGGCGCAGGCGCAAGCGGCCGCCGCUGCUGCAGCAAUGGCCGCCAACAGGACGCCACCGCCCCCGCCCACCGCAUCGACGCCAUCGUCCACCUCGUCGGGAUCACCGUCGCCGGAUAUGCGACCGCGUCAGUAUCAAAGAUUUAGUCCCUAUCAAUUGCCCGGCGGUCAGGGGCCGCCCUCCUCCGCUGCCGGUUCACCGCCGGCGGUGACACCUUCGCGUAGCCCCGCCCAUUAGGUGAUAGCCGCCCCCGCCCCCUCAAUU